GUCCAUGACGUCAGCACGUCGAUUCUGGCCCCUUUAACGGAACUGAAUCCUGAGGACCGAAGACCGUUUUGAAUACCUCUAAAACGCAUAUAAAGCUCCGCUAAUUUGAAGGGAAGUGCAGAAAUAACUAAAAAAAGAUAAUUCAUUCUCGAUUAAAUAUUAAUAUUUGUUCACUUUGUUAGCUAAUUUUAUUCGUUAGCAUUAGUGGCACUUGACUAGCUAAGACCUGGUGAGAAAGAGGAAAAAUGGCAGCUGGGAAGAUUUGCAUCGGGGGGAGCAAAGAGGAAACUGUGGAGUGGACAGGUUUAUUCCCAACUGACCUAAAAUCCGAGCAAGACUCUUUGGUCUUUGUCAAGAGGUUGAUGGCUGUGGCUGUGUCCUCCAUCACUUAUCUGAGAGGGAUUUUCCCGGAGUAUGCCUACCGAUCCAGGUACCUCGAAGAUUUGUGCAUCAAAAUUUUACAUGGAAACUGCAACAGUCCUGGUGCCAACAAAGUUGUGAAGUGGAUGAUGGGCUGCUUUGAUGCAUUAGAGAAGCAAUAUCUCCAGAUUAUAUUCAUUGGGGUCUACACCAAUCCAGAAGACCCAAAUCGCAUUAUUGAGUCUUAUCGGUUCAGCUUCAGGUACACUGAAAAGGGACCAGAGAUGGAUAUACUCAGGAACAAUGAUAUGGAGCUGCAAGUGACGCCAGAAGAAACUAAGAGAGCCUCUGUGCUGCUUAUCAGGAAGCUCUUCCUGCUUAUGCAGAACCUGGAUUCCCUGCCGAACAAUGUCUACCUCACCAUGAAGCUGUACUACUACGAUGAGAUCACUCCCUGGGACUAUCAACCGCCUGGUUUCAAGGAAGGGGUGUGUGACCACCUGUGGUUUGAAGGAAUGCCUGUGCACUUCAAAGUGGGUGAGGUGCGCACAGCCUUCCACUCACUGAAAGUCAAAGUGUCCAUGGAACAAAGCCAUGUGGACAAACUUCAGAAAGGGAUCUAUUUGAGGGAGACAGAGCAGGUUCCUACAGAGAGGGGAAUGAUGGAGAAUCCUCCCAAGAAAAUGUGUGCUGAAGAGGAUCUUCCCUCUGAGGACGAGUCUGCACAGUUCAAGAAACCUACAAAAGCACUGGCAAAGAGAAAAGCAGCCACCAAAAAUCUGAAGAGGAAGAAAAAAAGAAUUUAGCAGACGAGAUGAGCACAAACACCACAGGAACUUAAAGUAGUUUU